AAUUGAUUUUUUGUUUUACUCAGACUAUAGCAGACAUAUUUUGGAGGAAGCAAUGGCUGUGUAGAGAUACAGAACUGUGUGGACUUCUUACUCUCUUCGGUGAUUUUCUGAACAUCUGACAUGCAGCAUCACUUUUAAGUAGGAAAGUUAUAGAAUAUUCAUUAGAUCAUGUUCAAGACUUUGGGCUUAAACUUGGAUCAUUGGAUUUUGUAUUGAUUCCACUCCAAGACUCCAUUCACAGUGUAAUUUGUAUGAAGCCAGCAGUUUAGAGGAACAAUGCAGUGGUUCUUGUGAAUUGAUUUUUGAUAGAUAGCUUUCCUAGAGAUGUCAUCUCAAUCAUUCGAUGAGUCCUCCAAUUUGGUGAUAGAAGUUACAUCCCCUACAGAGCCAGACAGUGCUGGUGCUGAAUCUGCUGAUUAUGGUGAAUUAGAGAAGUCCAGUUUCAAAGAAAAACAUAAAGGUGGGCUCCAUUUCAUCAAAAAGAGGGCAAAAUCACCAUUUCGAAAUCCAUUGAAAUCACCCAUCAAAUCACCUUUUAAGUCUCCCAAGACUUCAUCUAAAACAUCCAAAUCUGAUCAAGAGCACUUGACUGAGGACUACAAGGAUAUUGAAAAGAAAAUAAGUGAAAAGAAGUCAGAAGAAUGGCAAAUGUUUCAACAGAUGCAGGACAGAAUUAAACAAAAUGUGCUCAAAACCAAAUCUAGUCUAACAAAAUUAACUUCCGAAUCAUCAGAGGAUUGUGCUGAUGACAUGGAGGGAGAGAAGUUAGCAGCUGUAGACCAAAAUACUUUAAUUUUGGAUGAUUGUAUAAGUGCUAAUAAUGAGACUUCCUGUGAUAAUGAAGAACUUUUAAAUCUGGAAUUGCAGCAGCUUUCUGUAACUCCAGUUCCUUGUCCAAGGGGAAUUCCCAAACCUCCAGCAAACAGUUUACGAACAAGCAUGGAAAAUCUGAGUGAGUCACAAGUUGAAGAGACUUCUGCAGACACUGAGGGGGAUUUACUAGGUUUGUCAGAUGAUGUGGACAAUGGAAAAGUGGGUUCACAGCCCACAAACACUUACAUUAACCCAGACCUUCUAGAAUUAGAUGGCUUGAUGUCAUCCAUUGACUCUCCCUAUGGAAGUAGCAUGCAAAGUAGUUUUGAUGAGCCAGACAUGACUUAUGGAAGCAACAUGCACAGUGCAAGAUCCUCAGCACGAACUACUCCCCUUGGAUUUGAUCAGGGCUCCUGGAUAGGAUCAUCUACUCAAUCUAGUACAAUGACUUCUAAGUUUGUCAGUGACCUGGUGGAUGAAUUUCUACAGCUGGAUACCAUGAAAGAGGCAGCAGCAUCUGUGGAACUAGAUACAAAUAAAAACACUUCAAAAUCCAUUGAUUUGUUGGACUCAUUAGAUCCAUUUUCAUCCAAAUCUGCUACUGUAAAUACCUCACAAACCUUUGCUAGUACUGUAAAUGUAAAUACAUGCAUUACAUCAACAAACUCAUCAACUAAUAACACUCAGCAAAAGCAGUCUGACGAAGCCGCAUCUCUAGAUCCAUUUGGAUUUGGCAACAAUGUGGACAUCCCCACAGAACAGGAACCUCAGGAAGCUAUUCUAGAAGAAGAGAUACCCUUAACAACUGAUGGUGCUCCAAUAUUUGAUCCUUUCAAUGGCUGUAAAGACAAUACCAUUGGUCGCUCGAUUUCUCCUCAUGUGUAUGACAAUUUUGGAUUUGGUUUAACAAAUGCAUCAGAUGAAAAUGAAACCAAUAAAGAUAACAUUGAUCAUGCAAACUUAAAACUUGAUUCAGAUGUUAUAAAAGAGUGUGGAAAGGUCGAUAACCUUAAUCCAUUUUUAACAGAUGAGAAUCCCAUGAGAGGAGAUGUUUUUGAAGAGAAAUUUCUUGAGCUGGCAAACAAUCCAAAUGUAUCCAUUGCAGAUUCAGCUUGGGGUUCUCAGCAUGACAGUUCAAUGGAAAAGCACUCCAUCAAUCCUUUCAAAGAUGACAUUUUUGCAACAGACAGUACCAUAGAAAUUGUGAAUGAACAGAAACUUGAACAGAACAAUCCUUUUCUGAAUAACUCGUGUGAAACAGUAAUGAGCACCGACACUUCAAAAAAUCCAUUUUUAGAUUUAGACUCUGCACCCACCCAAACACAGGAUAUGACAGACUUUGGCGUGUCAGAUGUCAGUAACUUUCUAAUGGGUAAUAAUAGUAAGGAAACUAAACCAAUAGAAACAAGAAUGGAUGACUUUGAUCCUUUCAAAACAAUCAAGGAAUCUCAUGAAGACUUUAUCACGUAUGAAAAAGCAACAGGCUUCUCAACUCCUUCUGAAGUGGAAGGUACACAAUUAAAUCAGAAGGAGAUUGUAGAUGAUGGAGAUGAUGAAGAGGAUGAUGAUGAUGAUAUUUUUAAAUUAAAAAUCAAACCUAUUGGAUCAGAUCCUAAUAAACCCAAAGUUCCAACUGACCUAGGGGCUAUGCCUAAACUGAAACCACCUCCUAAGAUCCCCAAGUCACCACAGCCUCCACGGGAAAAUCCCUUCAACAGGGACUCACCCCCAGAAGAGGAUUUUGCCAAGUUCGAAAUCAUGCAUGAAAAAGAAGGUGCUGAAGAAGCUACAAUGCCAGAACAAUCUAUCAGUUUUUCUACAACUGUGUCGACAACAGAGAGUGUCACCCCAGAGGAGGAGCAGAAUUUGGAACCAUUAGAACCCUUCUAUCCUGAAGAAGAAAAGGAUGGCUGGAAACUCAUGCUUAGACAGCCAACCAAGAAGAAACUUACCACAAAUCGCUUCUGGAAAAGUGUCAUUGUACGAUUAGUUAAAUCAGAGGAAGGUACUGUCAUCAAAGUGUUCAGUGAAAAAGACAAUGGUGAGUGUUUUCAUGAACUUCCUCUUCAGCCUUGCUAUUCAGUAUCUGGUGUAACCCAGCAGCAUUAUGAUCAGUAUGGGAAAAUCUACACCUUAAAGAUACAAUACAUCUUUUAUCGUGAACGUGUGGGCAUUAAAGCAGAUAGGAUCACCCCUUCUUUUGUCAAAAAACCAAAGGCAACGAUGAUUUUAGAUCAUGCUCCACAGGUCUCAGAAAUGAUGAAGUAUGGUUCUUUGGAUAGAAAUGAAAUUAAGUCAUUUGGAAGGGCAAUUGAAAAUGCUCUUAUGAAUCUGGAUGCGCACAGAGAGAAAACAUUGACAUAUGUGAAGGAAGAAGCAUGUGCAGAGGUGGUGGAUGAAUACGAAGCAGAGCUAGAUAGAGGAGGUUCACUUCUCAAGCAAAAGGCAAGAGUUAGGGUAUUCUUCUUGGCUUUUGUCACUGGGAUGCCAACAUGCGAGAUUGGUUUGAAUGACAAGAGAAGAGAUGGGAAAGAAGUGGUUGGACGCUAUGACAUCAUCCCAAUCAAAACAGAGGAGUGGAUCAAAUUGGAGGAUGUGGAAUUUCAUUGCUGUGUGGAUAAAGAGGAAUUUGAUAAGACGAACAACAUCAAAUUUCAUCCUCUUGAUGCCUGUCAUUUUGAGGUUCUGAGAUACCGAGUGAGGCUACGUCAGAAUAAAGAACUUCCUCUGCAACUCAAAAUUCAGCAGACAUUGAAAGAAAAGAAAUGUGAAAUACGAUGUGAUUUGCUAGUGACAGGUUAUCAUUCAUUCAGUAAAAAGCAUGGACAAUUUCCUUGUGAAGAUAUCGAGGUACAUUUUCCUAUUCCAGAACAGUGGAUUUACCUGUUCAGAUAUGAAAAAAGGUUCAGAUAUGGAUCAUUUAAAUCCUCCACACGUAAGCCUGGUAAAAUCAAGGGACUGGAGCGACUGACCAUGAUUGCACAAGGACUGCUAACUCCAACUCUGAUGGAAGCAGAUGUGGGAAGUGCCAAGUACGAGCAUCUAAACAGAGCUGUCGUGUGGCGAAUUCCCAGGCUGCCAGAGAGGAAUGAAGGUGCAUAUACCUCCCACUUGUUCAAACUGACGUUGGAAUUUGGAGCUCAUGAUGAGAUGCCCGAUUCUUUUGAGCAGUUUACCACUGUGGACUUCACCAUGCCAUCCUGUACAGUGUCCAAGUCCCAGGUCCGCUCCAUAUCUGUGGAAAACCCCACCCCGCCAGAAAAAUGGGUCAAGUAUGUCGCUAAAUAUCACUACAAGAUCGAGAUAGAUCAUAGAGACGAAAGAGUUUCUUCAUCGAAAGUAUCAUCAAACAGCGAUAGUGAGUGACAUCUACACAGCUAGUGUGGCAUUAAGUGACAGCGAAUGGAAGUUUUAAACUCUGACAAUGCAGUUUUAUAGGUUGUACCUUGAUAGUAGAUAUUCCACUAACUAAAGGUUGACAAACAAGGUAUUCUUUGUGUCCUACUGUGGAGUACUAGGCAUUUUCAUAUACAUGUAGACCUAGAGAUUUAAGUUUAGAAUCUCAUAAAAUUAGAGGAUUUGACAGUAUCUCAAGUUUUUUAAGGACUCCACCGAGUAAAACGUAUUUUUCAGUUUCCAUGUGUGCAUUUUAACCAAUCAAUUUAUUUGGUAAUGAAUUUGCUCUUCAAUGAUAUGGUUGUCUUAUUUACUACAUGUGUUCUAUCAUUUUCAUAGGGUAUUCUCAAAAAGACAAAUUUUCCAUAGCGUACAUGCAUCUCUCCUGUAGCUAUUUGUAGUAAUGCACACAGCAGAAACGUUUGUAUAAUAUACACAUAUUUAUUUGUAUUAUUUGGCUAGAUGCUGUAUUUGGAUACAGGGUUGAUACACAAAGAUAUUUUUCUUGGAAUGUUUAUAAACAUAUUUAAGUUUUAACUAUUUUGAGGAACCUGCACCACACUAAGGUGAGAAUCUCUUGCAAGAUCCAAUAUGAUUGUAUAGAUAUCAUUUGAGUGUUAAUCUGAUUGAAAAGUUUGUGAGAAUUAGUUAUUCAUUAAAUAUUAUUGUUUAUAACAAAUGCUGUGAUACAAGUUUUUUUUAAUUUAUUGAAAGGGUUUCAGAUUUUGUUCACAUUGUUUACAAAUUAAAAUCCCCAUAUUGAUGAUGUGAUUUUCCCUAUAACAGUGUACUGGUAAAUGGAAUCUUAUCUUAAAUUGUUAAAUGACUCGUUUUAAUUCAUCAUUGAAAAACAUAAUUCACAAGCUUCUGCUUGGCAUGUUUGAUUAUAAUUGCUUUGAAUGGAUCUGUAUUGUUUUGCAGUAUGAAGUUUAUACAUUAAUUUAUGAUAUUAUCAUUCUGAUAUGUUUGUUACCCAGAGAUUAUUUGAUAAUGUGUGUUAUAAUAUAUAUAUAUAUAUAUAUUCCAAAGCACUUUUGCCUUACAGCUCUUCUGAAUCAGUGGAAUUUGAAAAACUACAAUAACAUAAAUUGGCGUUGUUAUUAUCAUAGUAUAAGAAAACAAACGUUUUGUGCAAGAAAUGUCCGAAGAAGGCACCAAAGUAAUAUACAUAUGAUAAUGUGUAACACAUAUUCACAUAAACAACAUUUCAAUUCACGAAAUGUUAUGAAUUUAAGUCACUUAUAACAUUUAGAGUAAAUUAUCUGCGGAGUUUCUGAUUAAAUUUAUUAAUGAAUAUUUUUCUUAUACCCACCAUAAUUGUUUAUUUUUUUCUAUAUCUUUUUAUAAUGGGAACAUUUCAAAUGUCCUCUGCCGCACACAUCAAAGUGCUCGCUAUGAUUGGGGUGUUUCUCAUGGAUGGGUCCGUGAUUUGCUGUUGAUGGACAAGUACUCAUUCGGCUACUUUAUUACCUGUAUAUUUGUCCUAUGUAGUUUUUGCCACAUCCUUCGCAAGUCAUGCAGUAAAUGACAUAUUUUGUUUUACAGUUCAUAUUUGAUCGAAUAUCAAAUUUCAUUCCAAUUUUAAAUGUUAUAGAAUUUCCGGAAUUUGAAGACAGGAGCUAUUUCUUUAUUAGAGGGAAAUUUAGCUUUGGUAAGGAGUUUCUUCAAAUUUUGUGGUUGUUUUCUGCAAUAGAUGAUGUCCUUUUGUUGAAUAACGUCCUUUAGAUUUCCCGAAUGUUGAAGUAUUGGUAAACAAUUUCUCAUUGUUUUGAAGAUGUUGCGAUUUCUCGGAUUAUGGGUGAUGACAAAAGGGAUUUCUGUGCGUAAUGUUUUAGAAUCUGAUUUUCUGUUAACUUUCAGUAACUCUUGUGAUUGGUAUUUGUUUUGCUUUUCUGAUAGCUUCAGUUAUAAGAUCACAGGGAUACUUUUGGCGAUAGAGAUAAUUACUGAGUUCUUUUAAUCUUUUACUUCUAAGGUCCUUGAUGUAUUGUGGAAAUUCUCCUGGCUAAGUUAAAUGGUAUGUUCCAUUCCGUAUGUGAUGGGUGACAGGAAUUGAUAAGAAGAUACUGAUGACUGUGCCUGUCCAUUUCCUUAUAAAAUAAAUCCAUUGAAAUGUUAUUUUGAUUGAUGAUAAGUAUGUCCCAAAAUGGAAGUUCCUUUUGGCUGGUUUCCAUGGUAAACUUGAUGUUUUCAUAGAGUUAUAAAUUUUUUCCAGAAAAUAAAACGGUCAUCUAAAUAGGGUUUCUAUAAUUAGAAAAAUUGGAUCCGAUUGUUUUGGUAUGCCUUUUUUCUUCCAGAAAUCCUAAAACAAGGCUGGCCUACAUCAGUGCAACCUUUGUACCCAUGGCUGUACCUUUAAUUUGUAAAAAAGUAAAAAAAAAAAAAAAAAAAAAAAGUACUUGUUAUUGGCUUCUUUGGACAUUUCUUACACCAAAAGUUUGCAUUGUCUUAUACUAUCACGUCAUGAUAACGACAUCAGUUUAUGUUCUUGUUUUCAAAUUACCAUGAAGAGUCAUAGCGCGAAAGCACUUUGAAAUAAAUGUGAAAUCUUCAACUGAUAUACAUGUAUAAUAUAUUUAUUUGUAUUACAUAGUUUUAUUAUUUUACAUUUAUAUGAGUACAUAAUAACUACAUAUUUCAUAUUAUCAGUAUUUGUUGGUCAGGUAUAAUAAUAUAUAUACACCAUUCAAUUUCCAAGAUAUUUAUUGAUAGUCAGUGAAUCUGACUGUUCACAAAUGAGUUUUAGUUUUUCUAGUUGGAUUAUUGUAAGUUUAUUGAUAACAGAUCUGUGGUCCUUUCUUGCACUAUAGAGGCAGCAACAGAAGAGGAUCACUAAUACCAUUUUGUCAGUACCCGUAAUCACACUGGGAUUUUAUGAGGAAAUGAAAUUUUCAAAAAAUAUAUCUUCACACGAUGUUGGUCCAGCACUCAUUGAUAAGCAUACUUUUUUUUGCAUUUAUAGAUGUGAUGAAUUUCUUUGUUUUGCUCUCCACCUUUCUUAACCUGGAAAUGUGUAUGUACAUGUAUCUUAAUUUAUAGACAAGAUUAUAUACGGUAUAUACAGUACUCGGUAGUCAAAAUAUUUAUGCAAAAUCCUUAUUGCAAUGUGUAAACUAAGACAGGAAUACGUGUAUACAAUGUAUUAAAUAUUAGAUUGUCAUUGUAAUUUUUUAUUGGCACAGUACUAAUUGGUAUAGCACCAUGCAACAAUAGUCUUGUAUGGAUUCUAUGAAUUUGAAAGUUAUCAUGCAUAUACUUUUUAUUUAUCAAUUAAUUUUGCAUUUUGGCAACUGAAGACCACCAUUCCUUGCUAUUGUCACCUUUUUACUGCUAGUGAUACCAGUAUUUUGAGAGUAUACAUUGGCUUUCUAUACAAGACUGGAAAUUCAGUGGACCCAUCAACAUGUUGGACAUAUGGUGCUUGCCUCAGCACUGUGUUAGACUGCUCAUAGUUACCAUAGCCGCCAAACUUUUGUUUGUUUUGGGUUUAAUUUUUGUAAUAUUAGAGACUUUUACUAAUUUGAAGCCAAAGGUUUUAUGUAUUAUUACAGUAAUUCUCCGUAAUUUUGGGUUGUACUGUAGCUGUUUUAGCAGCAUUACUUCUGUCCAUACAGUUGAUAUUGUUUCUUGCUUUAAAAGUAAAUAUGUACAUCUGUGACUGUUGUUCAGUGGUAUUAUAUAUGUAUAUCUGCAUGUGGUGAAUUCACUGAUAUAUGUUAUGUGCAGUGUGUGCUGCAGCAUGUUGAGAAAAGUAGCAUAUUUGAGAUAAACUUGUUGAUAAUAAAAGAAAACAUUAUGA